AUGGUCAAGCCCGUGCUCGCUCUUCUAAGCGUCGUUGGUGUAGCGCUCGGCUCGUCCCCGUCGCAGUGGACGACCGGUGACGCGUGGAGUGCGUACGACGCGCCGGCCGACGGCUUCUCAGCGGUCGGCGCGCUUAGCGCGGUUCAGACAAGCGCGUUCACGUCGUUCUCGCAUCCUCUCUUCCCCAAAUACAGUGCGCGCAUCAAGCAGACUGAGUGGUGCGAUAGUACCGUGAAUGCGUAUACGGGUUACAUCGACAUUGAGGCUCGGCAUCUCUUCUUCUACUUCUUUGAGAGCAGGAGCAAGCCCUCUGAAGACCCUGUAGUCCUGUGGACCAAUGGCGGUCCGGGAUGCUCUUCUUCACUCGGUCUUCUCAUGGAGCUCGGCCCCUGCCGCGUCACCAACGCUACGGGCAAGCCCGAAUUCUUCGCGGAGGGGUGGAACGACCAAGCCAACGUCUUCUUCAUCGACCAACCCAUCAACGUCGGAUACAGCUACUCUCAGUUCGGCGAGACGGUUUACACUACUGAGGAGGCAGCGAUCGAUGUGGCGAAGUUCGUAUUCUUGUUCUUCGAGAACUUCCCGCAGUUCAAAGGGCGCGCGUUCCACAUGGCUGGUGAAUCCUACGGCGGUCGCUACAUCCCCUUGUUUGCAGCAGCUGUCUACGACCAGAACGCACUACUUGAAGCCAACGGAUACGACACUAUCAAUCUUGCGUCCGCUAUCAUUGGCAACGGCAUGACCGACCCGGCUAGCAUGGUCGAGUCGUACUACGACAUGACGUGUACAGCGGCUUCUGUCUUCCCUGUUCUGCCUAUCAGUACCUGUGUGCGGAUGAAGAAGGCGCUCCCGCGAUGCCACAAGUGGGUCAAAGAAGCCUGCAUCGACCAGUUCGACUCCAUGAACUGUGAAGCUGCGAGCGCCUUCUGCUCCUCAGAGAUCACGGCGCCGUACUUCGCGACUGGUCUGAACUACUAUGAUAUCAGCCAGCCUUGCGAGGAUAGGGCCAACCUUUGCUACUCUGUCACAGCUGAGAUCUCCGGCUACCUCUCCCGCCCCGAUGUCCGUGAGAUGCUGGGUGUCGAUAGCCACGUCCCGCCGGUGUUCUCCUCCUGCAACAACGACAUCAACGCGGGUUUCCAUGCAGCAGAUGAUAGCUUACGCGCAUCAACGGCACAAGUUGGAGCUCUCCUCGAGCGUGGCGUGCGAGUGCUGAUCUACGUCGGCACAUACGACUGGAUCUGUAACUGGGUCGGCAAUGAAAGAUGGACGAGAGCUCUGGAGUGGUCUGGGCAGCAGGCGUUCAAUGCUGAGCCUAUGCGCAACUGGACCGUCGGCGAGGAGAAAGCUGGCAUCACGCGUUCGGCGAAGGGCUUCACCUUCGCUACUGUGGACGCUGCUGGACAUAUGGUCCCGUAUGAUAAGCCCAAGCAGGCGCUGGCCAUGGUCAACCGCUGGCUCAAUGCUACAUCGCUCUGA